UGUUUUUCUGCUUGUUGACAUUUUGAUAAAUUUGACUUGGACGUGACGUUCUUAAUGUAAGUGUUUUGGGUCAAAAUUCUAGUCGAACAACAAAAUUGCAAGAUAGUAUGUACUGCUGAAUGAAGUUACCAUAUUUUGCGAGGAGGCUAUAGUGGAAAUUGUCGGACCAUCGCCGGUAUUAUGACGGUGCAUUCUGUACAAUUGAAAUGUUCAUGAAUAUUUAUCUAAAUAAUUGAACAAAAUAUGUCCAACAACGGUACAGUUACACCUAAAGUCAGGGGGCCCGGCAGACCUCCUAAGAAAAUAAUUUCCUGCACUUGGUGUAAUGAAACCAAACUCCCACUGAAAUACGUUUUUCCCACAACAAAUGGCAAAAAAGAGUUUUGUUCCGAAACAUGUCUGGCUGAAUUCCGGAAGGCUUACGUUAAGGGAGCGUGUAUACAGUGCGAUAAUGUGAUUCGAGGCAAUAACACGCCUUCCAAAGACUAUUGUUCAACGUUCUGUAUGAAUAAGCACCAAAAAAAGGAAGUUACAAACUCCCGAGUUGCUGCUAUAGCCCCUACAACUCCGCUUGAAGGCUCUCCGGGACCUUUUCAGUGCACAUUUCUAGGUUUCCGUAUGAAUGCCAGCUCUUGGCCGAUGUUUUUGCUGAAGACUCUCAACGGGGCUGAAAUGGCGCCCGCAAAGAUUUUCCAGAAAGAACCGACUGGUCCAAGGACGAACCUGUUUCAAGUUGGGCAAAAAUUAGAGGCUGUUGACAAGAAAAAUCCUCAGUUAAUUUGUUGUGCUACAGUUGGUGCUGUUAAAAAUGACCAAAUUCAUGUUACUUUUGAUGGAUGGAGAGGAGCUUUCGAUUAUUGGUGUAAAUAUGACAGUAGAGAUAUAUUUCCUGUGGGGUGGUGUGCCAAAUCAGGACAUCCUAUGCAGCCUCCAGGACAGAAUAGAUGUAGGUGGUCCAGACCCUCAUUUGCAGCCCAUGCUCCCACCUCUUCUGUCAGUUCAAUUACUGUUGAGGUGGUUCAGUCUCCGGAAGCGGACACUUCUGCUACGCCACCACCACCAAUUGCCAUACAUUUCCGGAAAAGCUGUUUAGGAGGGCCUCUGAUAGAUUCUACUCAGCUGGUAUCUUCAAUAGAAGAUACCUCUCCAGCAGUGUUAGCAAAGAAGCUUGUCAGUCAGGUGAGAUGUCAACUUUUUAUUUGUAUAUCCACCUUCAAGUCGGUGAAAUUAAUUAUAAAGAAUGAAACUAAGUUGUCGAAGGCAGGCGAUUUGGAGGGAGUAUUCCAGACUUUAUCUCAGGCGCUGGGAUGCUGCCAAAACCUUUUUGCCCUGGAGCAGGUCCUAAAAGAGUGCCCUUUGUGCGACUUGAAGUCUUCGCCAUCCCCGGUGAAGCGUAAGCCUCCUGAACAAGAGGCAGCCACUUCGACUACCCCCCCUGAACCGUCGAAUUCUACCGAGUCCGCGGCAGCGAGCUUGAACAAAAUCCCGGUGCAGGAAUGGAGCAUCAAAGAAGUCAUACAGUUCAUCGAGUCAACAGAUCCAUGUCUGGGAGUGCACGCCGAUUUGUUCAGAGAACAUGAAAUAGACGGAAAAGCGUUUUUGCUCCUCAACUCGGACAUGUUGAUGAAGUACAUGGGUCUGAAACUGGGCCCUGCUGUCAAAAUUUGCAAUUUAGUGUCUAGGCUGAAGAGUAGAAGGUACAUGCUUUAAGGAAAGUGAAGAAAAACACGCAUGGGACACAAUUUUUCGUAUUCUCGGUUCUUUUCCGUUGUGAGAUCGCUGGAGGUUAACUGCAUCUCCGUUUCGGUACCGAAAAUUAUAUCUGAAAACCCCGCAUGUAAAUUUUCUACUCUCAUAAAAAUUGUUAUUUUAUGUAUUUGAUGAUAGUUUGAUGGAUUAGGAUGAAAUCUUGUAGUCACCUUUUUGAAUGCUCCGUGUAUCUUUAUUUCCGGGCGUUGGAAAUUCGUGCGUUGUCCUUUACUUUUUCCUAAAAUGUUUGUGAUAUAACAUUAUUCUUUUAGAUUUACAUUGUAAGUGUUAUUUUGCACGAUAUAUUGUACAGUCUUCAUUUUACUUUAUACGAAAAAAGUGUGGAUAAAAUAUAUUGAGUGAAUUAUAUUUUUUAGUAAUGUGUAGAUGAUAGUGUAAAUAAAACGUGGACAAAAAUUGGGAGUUAGAGAAAGUAUGCAAAGCGUAAUAGGUUAGAUUAAAAUGCAUAAAAACCGAUAAUUCAGUGUUAUCAAAAAAUCUCAUAUGCACAUAUCUCUGGAGAGAAUUUCUUCUUUAUUUUGACAAAUUUCUGCUAAAAAAUCGUUGUGUCUUAUAACACAGAUAACUUUAACUGUUUCGUAAUCUGGGUAUUUAAAAAGUUAUGGAAUGACUGGAUGCUUCAUCCAGUAAAAUAUUUUUCAAGGUCAAGGUCAUUUCUUCAGAAUCUCGAGGAGAAAUCUAGUAGUGACUUUCAUGUUGUGCUUAGCCAUGUGCUUCAAGAUUAUUUUGAGGCAAUUUUUGAUGAAUGUUAUUCAAAUUUAAUUUCAAAUGUGGUGACCUUGGGAAUUACCUUCAAGGUCAACUCAGAGCAGAUACAUAUUUGAAUUUUCUUUUAAUUGGCUGAACUGAAACUCUGAUUUUUUCACAAGGGACUGAACGAUCAGAAAGUUAGUUGUUCAAAUCUAUAACAGGCCUCAGAGGUCAUUUCAAAGGUAAUUUGUACUUCUAAUGAAAUAUGAACACUUAUGAAAGUUUUACUUCUAAGGCCAACUUGAGGAUCAUUCCACAGUACUUAAAAUCUCUGGGCAUAAAAGCUUUCAAUAGCAAUGCAUAAUUUAUUGUUCAAAAUAUUAGUAUUUGAACAAGUGGUAUGAAAUAGUGACUUGCUAGGAGGUAUCCUUUCUUUGUUGAAGUUUAUAUAUCUUCAGAAUGAUCUUCUGAAUCAGGCUGGACCUGUGAGUACAUACCCAACCGUAAAAGUGUUCCUGUUUUUCCAAAAAGCAGAAUUUCUAUAAAAAGUUGAUCUUGAAAUAAUCUAGAGUUCAUGUUUAAAAUGAACUUGACCUUGAUAUUUCAAGCUGUCAUGAAAAUAACCUGAAAGAGCAAUAAACAAUCUUCUGAAUUGUAACAUCAUCAAAAUUAUCUUCGAAAAUUUUGUUUUGAGGUUACGUAACCUCAAGCAGAAAAGUUCGCAAUUGAAAUGGUUGCUAUUUAUUUAGAAUAGAAAGCAUAACAGUUAAAAAAAGUGAUGGAAGCAAAAUUUUCAUCAACAUUUUUUUUUCACAGUGGAAGUGUAUUUUUUAAAACCGUGUUAAACAUAUUCAUUCAUGAAUUUUUUUUGAUGGUACAAAUGAAAUAAUCCGAAUAUUAGUUUAGUUUCUUCGGUUUUUAGGCAUUUUUCAAUAAAUACAUAGUAUCUAGUGUUAUCCUUUUGAAGACAAUAGUUUUCAACUCUGACAUUACAAGAUGUUAAUUUGUUUUCUGUCGCCCUCUUUUGAGAGAAAAGUUAUGUUACACAUUUUUAUAAACACAAACCAAUUUCAAUAGUUGAAUCUGUUUUUGUGGUUGAUACCAGUUUUGGAUAUUUUUAGUUGAGGAACCUUUUCUUUGAAAUUGUACAAAAACGAGUUACUGAGAAUAUGCAUAUAGAAAUACAAAGAAUGAUGUUUGAUUUUACAGAUUCUUGCAUAUUGUGUAACCAAUUUAUUUUGAUAGUUUUCCAUCUUAUUUCCAAUCUUAUUUUUCCAAUUCUCAGUAGCUCUCCUUUUUUAUGAAUUAGUCUACACAAAAAUAUUCUCACAGACUAUUGAACUGAAAACCUAAUGAGAUGCUAGGAUCUGUUAUUCAACAUGUUGUUUUUUCUCUACAAUAUUGUAAAUUAAGAUGAUAAUAUAAAAUAUUCUACAUUUGGAAA